UGCACCUUCACAUGUCUCUUUUUUCACAUCGAUAAAAUUAAAAAAACAUUUUUUGUUAAAAUUUAAAUUAAAAUGUUAAAAACUGUCCUAAGUGCAAAUAUUAAUCUAUUAAAAAAUGUUAUCCCACUCCAUCAACAAAUAAGGACAACAUUCGUUUUAAAGAGAAGAUAUGAACCGCUUUUACAUAAGAAGGGUCACCACCCGAAAAAGCUUCGUGCUAAGCAUUUUAUAUACGACCUAGUUGAGGAUACAACAAUUAAAAAGAAACCCAAUUUAGAAGUUGUAUUGAAGACUUUUGUCGAAGGAGUUGGCGACAAAGGUGAUGUUGUUUCUAUGCGACCGACUUUUGUGUAUAACAAAUUGCUUUUGCCAGGAUUGGCGGUAUACAAAACUGAAGAAAAUAUUCAAAAGUAUGCCAAAACAGAGGAAGACAAAACUGAAGUUUUACAUAGUUCACCAUUUGCUCAGAGGACGGUUAACAUGUUGCAAAGUCUGACUUUGGCAGUUAUUAUGAAUAAAGAUCAUCCUUGGGAAUUAAAACCAUGGCAUAUAAGAACUUCUUUAAGAAAAGCAGGCUAUUAUGUUAAAGAUGAGUGUAUUACUAUGCCAGAACAGCCAAUUACUGGUCCCGAUCUAAAAAAAGAGAAUAAGGAUUUCUUUUGUACGAUAACGAUUAACAAUUUGGAGAAGGCUAAACUACGAUGCCGAAUCCAUCAUUGGAGUACUGAUCCAAGUGAACGUCUGCCAUAUGUCUCGGAACAUUGGAAGUUAGAUGCUGAACCACUUUUUGGCAAUGAAUCCGAAAAGAAAAAUGAAAGUAGUAAAUUAGAGAAGUAAAAUAUGAAAUAAUAAAUUGUUGUCAACCAUUAGA